AUGGUCUCCGAUCCUUGGGAAGACGCUCAGGAGACUGAGAAGCUGGAAGACUGCGAAGACCGCGAAGACGGCGGAGAAGGAGAAGACGGCGAAACCUGCGAAGAAGAAGCCGACCGUGAAGACUGCGGAGACUGUGGGUCUGAAGGAGGCGGUGUAGGUGGAAACGGCUUCUGUGGAUAUUCUGUCCCGAUCUCACCGCCAGUGGAUUGA